AUGCGAUCUACGAUUUUUCCAUCCGCUAGCAGGCUCAAUGUUUCGGCCUCCAUCCUGCUGAUAGCCUUGGUCGCGCGGGCCUCUGCAGGACAGUGCAGCCCUGGGACUUAUUCCUCGAACGGACAGAAACCCUGUCAAGACUGUCCUGCUGGGACAUACCAAUCCCAGUCCGGUGCUACGAGCUGUACAGCCGCCCAGGCAGGUUGGUAUGCCAAGGGUACGGGAAACAAGCAGCAGGAGCAAUGCGGGCAAGGGUACUAUAGCACCGGCCACGCAUCAGAAUGCACCAUCUGCCCCGCCGGGAGCUACUGCAAUUCCAAUACGCAGACUCAGCCGCAGUACUGCCAGCCCGGGCGCUACUCGCCCUACCCCGGUGCUAAGCAGGACUGCUUGGAGUGUCCGCGCGGGACGUUUAACAAUGUCUAUGGGGCGACGGCGUGCUGCACCUGCUGCUCAGGAUGGUACACAGAUCAAACAGGCCAGACCCACUGCUUCAAUUGCCCGAACAGGGGCAGUCAGCAGCAGGGAUGGUCCCCAGCAGGUUCCACUUCAGCCGGCCAAUGUAUCGACGCCCCAGGUGCGUUGUCGUCAUGCUCGCAGACUUCAAGUGGGACUUGCCCGGCAGCUGGAGGUGCAAUCAGCUCCCAGCGUAAGCGUGCUGCUGGCUCUGUGGAAUACUGCGGAAAGCCAGGCCACAAGAGCUGCCCUAUCUGGAACGCGGUCCAAGGCAACGCCGGACAUGCUUCGCAAACCACGCUGUACCGAUACGAGUGUGUCGACAUUGCCAACGAUAUAGAGUCCUGCGGUGGAUGUGUCGACGAUUCCAGAGCCGGCACGCCCAGCACCGACGGGGGACGCGACUGCAGCGCGAUUCCGCACGUCGACGACGUGUCCUGUAGCAACGGGACCUGUAAGAUCCGGAAAUGUUCCAGGGGCUUUAUGCUGUCUGAAGACCAAGACAACUGCAUUCCCGCGAGGCAGAAGCGCAAGGUACACUACAAUCACGGGUCGCACGUCGGUGGGAACGUUCACCAUCGGAUCGCUGUCAAGGGUGAGAACCAGCAUGGAUACCACCAUUAG